AUGUAUGACCCAGCGCGAGAUGCAUGGAAUGCGUCGACUGAGAAUAGCGCAGAUGAAAAAGAUCUAGAAAAAGUGCCAAAUGUUGGAGGUGACGGUGAUGAGUCUGGCGAUACUGAAGACGAGGCGCCUGUGAGGAUAGAGACCCGUGGUAUCGAGACUCACGACCAGAACAACGAUGACUAUGAUGGUAGUACUGAACAGCCUGAAAGUCUGGUUGAUAGGGAAAAUAAUGGAAAAUCAAGAACAUCCACUGGAAAAGCCGUUAUCGAGGCGGUUGAAGCUGUCGCAGAAGCUGCUGUGGAUACUCUGACUAAAGCAGCAUCUGCUACUGCUGCUGUUCUCGCAGAACCUGUCUUGUCUGAAUUAGACGGUGAGGUGAUAGACGAAAAGAAUUCUCAAUCAGCUUCAUCGACUGCAUCUCAGAAAAGUACCGUGGAUGAAAGGGAAAAAAGGGCUGAUGUGAAAAAGCAACGGUCACCCUCGCCUACUUCGCCUCCCAAAGAACUCAAAAAACCAAGCCAAAGAGCAGAUGUGGGUGAAAGAGACAGAGAAGCUCUAGAGCCAGAUGAAAAGCUCAACAGAACCUCGGCUAACGGCGGGGAGAAGAAGGAAAACAUAAGUGAAGAUUCAAAUAACUCAGAAUUUAGGUCAACGAGUAGAACUACAGAGUCGACUGAGAGUAAGGAAGAGACUCACAGCACAUCUCAGAAGAGUACCAUUGAUGACAAGGAAACAACGGAUAAUGUGAAAAGGCAACGGUCACCCUCGCCUGCUUCGCCUCCAAGAAAACUCAAAAAACCAAGCCGAAGAUCAGAUGUUGGUGAAAGAGACAGAAAAGCUCAAGAGCUACGAGAAAAGCUCGACAAAGCCGCCGCUGACGAUAUCCGAGCUCAUUAUAACGAACGACCUAACAAAUCUAUUGAAGAACGAACACAGUCGCCCAUUAUCAAACUGCGAUCGUUUAAUAACCUUAUUAAAUCAGUGUUGAUUCAAAUAUUCUCAAGACCUCGUCAAGUCGUUCUUGAUAUCGGCUGUGGUAAAGGUGGUGAUCUUCAGAAAUGGAGUAAACAGCGCAUUUCUGGGCUGAUUGGUGUGGACAUUGCCGAUAUCAGUAUAGAACAAGCCAAAGAACGAUAUGAACAUUUGAGACAGAAAUCUUUUUGGGCAGAUUUCUGUGUGGGUGAUGCGUUUGAGCGGACCAUUGAAGAUAUUGUGCAUCCUGACGCUUUUCCUGUGGACUUUGUAUCCAGUCAGUUCACUAUCCAUUAUUCUUUUGAAAAUGAACAAAGAGCUCGUACUAUGUUGUCAAACGUAUCGAGGGCACUAAAACCGGGUGGCACUUUUAUUGGUACGACUCCUGAUAGCGACAGAUUGUUGGAGCACAUAUCAAAGCUUCCCGCGGGUGUCCGUGAAUGGGGUAAUUCAGCUUACCGAAUCCAGUUUGAAGACGAACCUCCCAAAUCAAAUGACGACUUGAAAGACAUCUUUGGCUAUAAAUAUAACUUUUUCCUUGAUGAUGCGGUUACAAAUGUGGUUGAGUUCAUGGUACCAUUUGAGGCCUUUACUGAACUAGCUAAAGAGUAUGGACUGCGGCUCGUGCUGCGGAGAAACUUUCUUGACUUUUUUAAUGACGAGCUGGCCAGUCGUCGUGGUCGCGAUCGUAUCCUCUUCUUCUGUCGUAUCCUCAAAGUCUAUAAAGAAGACGGAACUCCUGGAAUUGAAGGAGACCAGCGUGAAGCUGCUGGUAUCUAUACCGUUUUUGCAUUCGAGAAGGAAUAG